AUAUUCUUGAUGGGGUUCAUAUUCAUAAUUAAACUCUCAAAACACAUUGCUUGUGGUCAGCUUUGAGAACUUCUGGUCAGGCCAAUCUCAACUACAGAAUACAUACACAUAUACAUACAGAGAGAAAGAGAGAGAGAGGGAGAGAGAGACUUUCUGGGGAGAAGAACAGGAAGCAGAGAGAGAAAGUGAGUUGUCUGGGAGAUGUAGUGCAAAAUAGAGGCCAUUUUUAACAACAUUUUCUUGGUCUUUUCAACACUUGAGCACCAAACAUUUCUCCCUUUUCACCUUUCUUUUGUCUCCUCAUCCCUUUUUGUUUUCCGGUGAUACCCUUCUUGUUUUUCCGGCGCCGGAAUAUUUCCCGGCGUUCAGAUUCUUAUCUUUUCUCGUAAAGGGUAUCACUCUUUUUCAUUUGGGUCUGAUCUUUAAUAUUUGUAUUUUAUUAUUAAACUAAUCUGUGCUACUUGAGCUGAGAGGAGCUAGAGAAAGUCAAAAGUGCUCAGGCUUUUAGUUUUAUUCGAUUCGUUAGAUUUAGAUUUUGUGCUUUCUAGUGGGAUGAAAUGAAACUCCGGUGAUAGUUCCGGCCAUUUCAGCAUCAAAUCAGGGUGGUAUAAGUUGAUAUAACUUCGCCGGAAUGAAAACGCCGGCGAAUGCUGCCGGAGCUUCCAUGGCCAAUCCCAGUGAAGGAGCAGAGAAGAAAAGUAUAAUAAACCAGGAGUUAUGGCAAGCUUGUGCUGGACCUCUGGUGAACUUACCGGCAGCUGGGACCCACGUGGUCUACUUCCCUCAGGGACAUAGUGAACAGGUCGCUGCAUCUAUGAAGAAGGAUGUAGAUGCUCAAAUUCCAAACUAUCCUAAUCUUCCCUCAAAGCUGUUGUGCCUACUUCAUAAUGUGACAUUACAUGCUGACCCUGAAACAGAUGAGGUCUAUGCUCAGAUGACACUCCAGCCUGUUCCUUCGUUUGACAAGGAUUCACUGCUAAGAUCUGAUCUGUCAAUGAAAGCUAAUAAACCGCAAACAGAAUUCUUCUGUAAAACUUUGACAGCAAGUGAUACAAGCACCCAUGGCGGAUUUUCUGUUCCCCGGCGUGCAGCAGAGAAAAUAUUCCCUCCACUUGAUUUCACUAUGCAACCACCAGCUCAAGAACUUGUUGCGAGGGAUUUGCAUGACAAUGUUUGGACAUUUCGCCAUAUUUACCGUGGGCAACCAAAACGUCACUUGCUCACUACUGGGUGGAGCCUGUUUGUUAGUGGUAAGAGGCUUUUUGCAGGGGACUCUGUUUUAUUUAUUAGGGAUGAAAAGCAACAACUUUUGUUGGGUAUUAGACGGGCGAAUCGCCAACCCCCCAAUUUAUCAUCGUCAGUAUUGUCUAGUGAUAGCAUGCAUAUUGGAAUUCUGGCUGCAGCCGCCCAUGCAGCUGCCAACAAUAGUCCAUUUACAGUUUUUUAUAAUCCAAGGGCUAGUCCAUCAGAAUUCGUUAUUCCUUUAGCCAAGUACUAUAAAGCAGUAUGCAGUAGCCAAAUAUCCCUUGGCAUGCGUUUCCGGAUGAUGUUCGAAACUGAGGAGUCAGGAACUAGAAGGUAUAUGGGUACAAUUACAGGUAUCAGUGACCUGGACUCUGUGAGAUGGAAGAACUCACAAUGGCGUAAUUUGCAGGUUGGCUGGGAUGAGUCAACUGCUGGGGAAAGACGUAACCGCGUCUCUGUUUGGGAUAUUGAACCUGUAACAGCUCCAUUUUUCAUCUGCCCAAGUCCACCCUUUUUCAGAUCCAAACGUCCCAGACAACCAGGAAUGCCAGAUGAUGAAACUUCUGAUCUUGAUAACAUAUUCAGGAGGACAAUGCCCUGGCUUGGUGAUGAUUUUGGCAUGAAGGAUCCCCAAGCACUCCCUGGUUUAAGCUUAGUCCAGUGGAUGAACAUGCAGCAAAAUUCUUCUCAGGGCAACUCAAUGCAGCCAAAUUACAUGAAUUCCUUGCCUGGAUCUGUUUUACAAAACUUUACAGGGACAGAUCUUUCACGCCAAUUAGGCUUUCAAACACCACAAAUUCCCUUGCAGAACAACAUACAGUUCAAUGCCCAGAGAACAGCCCAACAAACUCAGCAGCUUGAUCAGCUUCAGAAGCUAGCGCCCUCCUCGUUAAAUUCCUUGAAUUCUAUAAUGCAGUCGCAGCAACAGCAGCAGCAACAACAAAUGACUGAUAUUACCCAGCAGCAGAGACAAAAUUGCUCAAAUCAAAUGUUACCUGCAACUCAAGUUCAAGCACAAACUAUGCAAUCACAGUCUCUUGCACAAAAUCAGAUGUUGCAACAGCAACCAUCUAUCCAAAAUCAUCAGCAGCACAGAAGCGUAUCUCAGAGCCUGCAGCAGCAACCUCAACAUCAGCAGCAAGUUGCAACUCAGACUCAGCAGCAAAAUAUGGUCUCAUCGCAGCAGCCUGAUCAAGUUAAUCAACAAUUACACAUGUCAGAGAAUCAAAUCCAGAUGCAACUUCUACAGAAGCUUCACCAGCAACAGCAGUCACUUUUAGCUCAGCAUUCUGGUUUGCAGCACCCUUCUCAACUCUCGCAAUUACAAGAUCAGCAGAGACAGAUGUUAGAUUCCUCCCAGAGUUAUUCAAGGUCCACAAGUACCAGCCAAAUGCAGGAAAUGCCUCAAAUGGUAACUAGCUCGCUCCCACAAGCACAUGUUAUUCCUCAGGAAAUGCCAAGAAACAAUAGUCAAACAAAUUUCGGUUUCACCCAUCCUUCCCAGCAGUCAAAGCUCCAGCAGCAAUCUGGUUUACUGCCUGAGUUCUCUGGACAGCUGGGGCAUAACCAACCUCCAAUAGUCAAUCAACUCUCCACAGGCGGAAGUAGCUUACUGACAGGAGCAGCAGUUGGAGGUCAAUCAGGGAUUACAGAUGAUGUUCCAUCUUGUUCCACGUCACCUUCCACAAAUAACAGCCCAAAUUUGAUUACAUCAACUCUAAAUAAUAGGGCAAGAGGUUCCACCGUGGGUGACGAGUUGGUUCAGUCUUCUGCCAUGCUACUAAAUUAUGGUGGCCUGGAAACAUUCUCAGCCCAUGCUAAUUUAGCAAAAGAUUUGCACCAAAAGCCUGAUAUUAAGGCUUCAUUGAACAUGUCCAAAAGUCCUAGCCAAGGGUUUUUGGCACCACAAACAUUUCUAAAUGCAGCUGGAACACAAAUGGAUUACUUGGACAGUUCAUCUUCUGCAACUUCAGGUCGUAUUUCUCAGAAUGAUGCUCAUUUACAGAAUAGUAACACACUGUGUUUCAAUUCACAAACUAUGCCCUUCAGAGAUUCUAGUCAUGAUGGAGAAGUUCAUGUUGAUCCUAGAAACAAUAUUCCAUAUGAGGCGAAUAUUGCUAGUCAUUUGAAUAUGUCCAUGAUUUCUGAUACUAUGAUUGGCAAGGAAUUGACUGCAUCAGGAAAGGAUUUCUCCAAUAAUCUUUCAUCGGAUGGAGGGAUGCUAUCAAAUUAUGAGAACCCCAAGGAAGCUCAGCCUGAGCUUUCCACGUCGAUUGUUUCACAGUCAUUUGGGGUCCCGGACAUGGCAUUCAAUUCAAUUGACUCCACAAUUAAUGAUAGCAGUUUCUUGAAUAGUGGUGCCUGGGCUCCAGCACCGCAAUUUCAGCGAAUGAGGACAUACACCAAGGUAUACAAGCGAGGAGCAGUUGGAAGAUCAAUUGAUAUUGCCCGUUACUCCGGAUACGAGGAGCUAAAACGAGAUUUGGCUCGUAGAUUUGGUAUUGAAGGACAGUUAGAGGAUCGACAUCGGAUCGGGUGGAAACUGGUUUAUGUGGAUCUGGAAAAUGAUGUGCUGCUUGUCGGGGAUGACCCUUGGGAGGAGUUUGUGAACUGUGUCCGCUGCAUCAAGAUUCUUUCUCCUCAAGAAGUCCAGCAAAUGAGCUUAGAUGGAGAUUUCGGAAACAACGCUCUUCCAAAUCAAGCAUGCAGCAGCUCUGAUGGCGGAAAUGUGUAAAGUACUCUCCCGCCCAAUCUUUCAGCAGUUUGUCUGACAAACGUAGUUUAAUUAUUCACCAAGAAGCUGUCAAGUUUGAAGUUAAUGGCAGAUAUUUUCCCAGGACUGGGUACAUUCUACUGAGCCAUCCAGGGCUGUCCUUGAAGUUUGGAUCUAAGACAUAGGUCCAAAUAAUGAUAGGGAAUUAUUGUUGUUAUAAGUUUCUAGAAGAUGACCCGAUCUGCCAUUUUAAUCUUAAGAUUUGAGAUUAUUGUGAAAUCUAUUAUCAUUAAGAAGUUCCAAGCUUCUUAUAAAUUAAUGACACAGGUGAUGAGUGUAUAGAAGGGUUUUCCUUUGUAAUCCAAGAAUAUUGCAUUUUUCUGAGUUUAAGUUCAGUUCAGAUA